UCAUGGGUUAUGCAGUUAUAUUUAUCUUCGUUUACACGCUGUGUCAGUGUCACGUUGUCACCAGUGCUGAACAUAAGGCGGUUGAAAGCACCAAGGUGUACCCGACUUUUCUAAGUAAUGGAACUAUUUUGUUCUGUUACAAAUGUGGACCGGGCUCGCACGUACUGGAGCACUGCAAGCAGCAUUUGACGAACUCAAAAUGUUUGGAUUGUGCGGAAGGAUAUUUUCAGCCAUCUUUCACUAUGGACAGACGCUGUCAGAAAUGUCGUCGCCCGUGUGAUGGUGACAGCCAACGGACGACGCGAAGAUGUAGCCAAACCGAAAAUACCGUGUGUGCGUGCAAACCCGGCUAUGGCCUGACACAAAGACAAGGAAGUGAAGAAAUUGAGUGUGUCGCGUGUCGGAGCGGAACCUUCUCCAAGAACCAGUGGUGCACCCCUUGUACUGUUUGCAGCCAGAUGAGAAGAGCGGAGUUGUCUCCCUGUAGUGCUACUCACGACACAGAGUGUGAGAAAGGGUACAUCAGUCCAGCCCCAGUGCAAUGUUCAUCGGCGACGAUCGUCGUUCUUGGUUUGCUUGUGUGGUUUUUCAACGUUUAGCUGACUGGUUAUAUGGAGACCACUGCUGUCUUGACUGUUACACAGCCUGUUCAGUGACUGCCUUACUAACAGAACUAACUACCACUGGAGCACUACUACCAAAUACUUUGGAUAACUUAACUUUGUCUGUUGAAACAGGAACAUACAACAGGCCUCCGAUUCCUUUAACAGAUCGUGUUUGUUUAUUUUGUACAGAUUGUGUUGGAGAUGAAUUGCACUUUUUAUUGUGUUGCCCAGUAUAUGAAGAUAUUAGAUGUGUUUUAACUGUACAUAUGCAUUCUUCACAUGAAAAUUAUGACACUUUCUGGACAUGAAAAACUAGUUUUAAUAUGAAUGAUGACGCGCAAUCUUCAGUUGCUCGUACCUUAUUUAAUAUGUUCCAAAGGCGCAAAAUCCUUCUUAAUUAAAUGCAUAUUUAUUUAUUUAUUUUACUUUUAAAUAAUAAUUAGUAUAAAAGCGUAUUUGUAAUCUUUUUGUUCAUCUUUUUAUUUUUUUUAUGUUUUACAUGUUUUAAAUCGUAUAACAUUUUGAAGUUCCUUUUUUUAAUUUUAAAUGUAUAUCUUUUCCAUUAUAGUAGAUGUAGUUACAAUACUAUAAGUAAUGGAUUACUAGCAGCAUUAAUAUGACAUAUACAUGUACAUAUACAUAUAUAUAUAUAUACAGUCAAACUUCGAUCACUCCACCUUCGAUCUCUCGAUCUGAAGCGACGGUCCCGGCCGAGUUGCUAUACAAACUAGUAAUAACGACCUUCGAAAACUCGAUAACCUCGAUCUCUUGAUCUAAUUCUUUGGUCCCGCCAUAAAGAUUUAAUACAGUAUGCACCUCUAAAACUCGACGCGUGUGGAUUGAUCAAACUGUCGUUGCUGGUAGUAUUUUAAAGACGAAUGUAUUGUCAAUCAUGUCAAUCAAGCGAAGCGCGCCUGUCUCGGAUAGUCUCGGCAGUCUCGGAUUAAGGUGAUAAUUACAGAAUAAUAGAUCGCCGACUAAGCGGAAUGAAAUGAUCCCGUGUUUGGUAGUCAGUGGAGAGCACCGGCCUCGAUGGAGCAGUGGUUAAGCCAUCGGACUACAGGCUGGUAGGUACAGGGUUCGCAGCCCGGUACCGGCUCCAACCCAGAGCGAGUUCUUAAGAGCUCAAUGGGUAGGUGCA